UAAAAUACAAAAAAAAAAAAAAUUAAAUAUAAGGAAAACAAAUUUUCUUUAAAUUAAUUGCGAUUCCAAUAAUACAAAUUAAGAGUUAAAAUUUUGAUUGAAUUAUUUUCGAGCGUACCGAUUGUGAUGUUAUGGAUUAUAAUUAUAUGAAUGAAAUUGCUGUCAAAGUGGUGAUACGCUGACCAACGUUCCAGUACGAGACAUCGAAACGAAGAGACAAUAAUUAUAUUUUUUUAACACUUUUUGUACAGUCCGAUCAGAGAAAACGAAUUCAAUGAAAUAUCUAGAUGAUAUCACAGUGCUAUUAGUCAUCUGGUACACGAUCGAUAAUCUUAGCAAUGAUAGAAAUUUUUACCACUUUUACACAUUGUGAUUGUCACAAAUUGUUAUUUUUUGAAAAGUUACUUGUUAUAAGAAAUUAUUGUUAUAGUUGUUAUGACCUGUCAAACUUUUGCAACGACUGAAGAGCCUUCGUAUGAUUGUAUUUAAGCACCACAUGAGAAAAACAUGAUAAAUCAUCCUUGUUGAUUCUUAUGAGGAGAACAAUUUAAAAUUCAAUUUUUUACGAAACUAAAUUUUAUAUUUUGUAACAAAAUUUGCAUUACAUCCUCUGACGUGACAGAGUCUUCCCUUUUUCCAAUUGUCGUAUUAAAAUAAUUCUCUUGGUGUAAAGUUGUUGUAAAAAUUUAAUAAUGAUGAAUUUUACAGUGUUUUUCCACCGUGGUCUUCAUUUUUGUAAAUGAUUAAUGUAACGUUGAUUCAGUGUAUAUUUUAUUUAUUUGUAUACAUAUCGCAGUAUGAUCGAUAAUUUAUAAAACAGAUGGUUAAAGAAGACGACGAGAAAUUGUAUAUUGUUUGACUAUAUUGUCAUCGAUCGACGAAUUUACUUUAGUACCGAACUUUUUAUAUACGUAUAGAUAUAGGUAUAAAGAAACGUGAGAAGCCAAACGAAAGUAAGGAAAAUAUAAUGAGAAAAUAGUAUACGGAAAAUCAAAUUGAAACAGUAUGAAACUUCGAUACCUGUGUUUUCAGAAGUGCGUAAGCGCGAUUUUUAAAUCUCGAGGAAGCAAGCUUACUGACACAAUCCCAUUUCGUUUUAUACAACUUGCUCCAAUUGUGUACUGGAAAGAAGAGCUCGGAAAAUUUAAAAAAAAAAGAAAACGCAGUAUUUUCGAAAAACAAAUGUUACAAUAUUUAAAAAGAAUACGCGAUAUUCGUCUCGUUCUACUUAGAAAUGGUGGAAAUAUUAGUAGAAAAAUAAAAAGUAGCAGUGUUCUUUGUGAUGAAAUUAGGGAUACCUAAUAUCCCUGAUUGAAAAUGAUAUUUUGCAGCAAUUUAUUGGUCGACAAAUUUUUACUGUCUAGUAAUUUGCGUCUAAUGCCUGACGGUGAAUUAGUUGGAGAUUUUUCCUUAGGAUGUAUUGUACCGUAAUAGUAUUAAUCGUGGCGGAGCGCAAACGAUAUUUUAUUGUGUUACGUCGGAGUACAAAUUUUUUUCUCAGGGAUAGUUUAUACAGACACUUUCUCAACUUUUUUGCCUUUUUUUUUUUUUUUUUUUUUUCUUUAGGAUGUUAGAGGGAGGUUGAUGAAUGAGAGUCAAUAAAACGUAUGUGACGAAACGUGUUGUCUUUUCAUGUACCAUUGUGUUGGUCGAUUAAUGGAUCGUUGGCAAAUAAAAUCGAUAAUCAAAAUUGAAUAUCGAUUGGAUUCACGUGGAUCACUUUGCUCUUUCGAGAAAAUUUGCACUAUAAAUUAUUUUAAAGAGGAAUCUGAAGGUAACAAUUCGUUUGAAAUUUGGUUCAAGCUUUGGAAUAUUCACUAUUUCUACCGAAUACUGAUUAAUCGUGAGUAUCUCUUUAUGUUUUGUAGAACAAUCGUUGGAAAAAUGAAGAAAAUCUUGGAAUUAUUCUUAAAACAGAAGGAUGAGGCUCUGAAAAACGGUCGUUGGGAAAUAUCUUGAAAGCGUGUCUUGAAAAAAAGGAGAAACCGAGAUUUGAGAUCACGACUACUUGUUUGAAGUUCGACUCGAGUUUUCAAAUGACAUACGAUUAGAAUCAUUCGUCGAAAUAAUCUGAAUAUAUCAGUGUAACCUUGACAAAACAUUGUGCUGGCUUUUAAUAAUAACGAAUUCGAAGAUUCUUCGUUAUUCUUCGGUGAUUAUAAAGUCCAAAGACCGAAGAGAUGGUAGUUUAUUAAAUUAGAAACAAGUCUCAACGAUGAAUUGUUUUGAGGAAGAGGUAUCAUUUCACGCGUUGAAUUUUACAUCGUUUACUCGAUGUUGUUCUUUUCAGUUAACAAAGACCAAUGUGUUUCAAUUAAAUAUUCUUAUCCCAUUGAUCGAGAUUUUGGACGUGUACGUGACGUUGAAAGAAGAAUUCAGUCCGGAUGAGUUUUGUAUUCACUUAUUUGUCAAGGAGCAGCCAAAGGAAAAAUGUAAACCCUAUUUCAACCCUGUUAGGAAACGUUUCAACAAUGUCGACGAGUUUAAGGGUUUGUCAGUUUCGGUGAGAAAUAUAAUCAUCGAUCUGUUCAUGAAUAUUGUUCGUUAUACCGCUUUCUUGGAAUCAAUAAGUAAGGAUUAUUUGGAUAAACAAAAUUGUCGCAAUUACAAUGAUUUACAUCAAAUUACGGUGUUUGUGUACAUCUUAUCAUACAGAAUAUGCAGUUUAUUCUUCGAAGAUUCGGUCGAGUGUUUCGUUUACUUCAAAGUAAGGAGGCUGUUGUCCCUCGUUGCGUAUCUUCUUCGCGCGGAAACUCCGAAUCUUUUCCACGAGAAAGGCUGCUUGACGUUCGAAGAAGAUUUCGUAGAGCAGAAUCUCGUCCUUCCGUUUCUAGAAGCAGCGCCGUGCUUAGAGAAACUUCAGGAGCAUUUAAAGGAGUAUGUGCGAAACACGAAGGUUCCUAAAAAGGAAUUGACCACUCCUGUGUUUAUGAAUGUUUUGAAUCGGCCGAAGAUACGUUUGAAAGUGCCACCCGCUACACCCGAACCAGUCGAGAUAAAGCAGACAAUAGCUUCAACAUUGAGAGAAUGCGCUCGCGUGAUCAGCGUCGAAGAAAAAGAGAUAAAGAGACUGAAAACAUUGGCGGAAGGAGGCCUCGAUCCAACUUCGAUAUUAAAAUUCGAGGAAGAGAAACGUCAGCGACAGAGAGAGGAGGAAUUGUUGAGAAUACAGGAGAAACAUCUUUUGGCAUUGUUAACUCGCGAGAAUGCGUUUACUGCGAAACAAUCGCUGCUGGAUGAUAUUAAAGUGCACGCAGAAAGCGUGCGAAAGGAGAGACAACAACUUUACGACAAACUGGAGAAAUGGAGAGAGAACCACAACAAGGAAAUGAUGGAAAUCGUGGAAAAAUGCCGCGAAAUCGAGCAAGCUUCUCGCGAAGCUUUCAACGCCAUGAUCGACGAAAAGAAACAGAAGGGUGCAGAAGUUAGUGAAGAAUCGCGUCGAUUGAGAACUCAGCUGAUGAAACAGAGAGAGGAAGAAACUCAGAGGAAGAUCAAACUGAUUCAAGAGAUCAAAACGAUCCAGACCUUGCGAGCAUUGCCUUUGAAGGAUUUCGAUCCAACAGAGUCAAGUGGCUUGGGUCUUCUGUGUGAAAUGUCAUUGGCGGAGUUAAAAGAGAGAUUAUUUUGGAUGAAGAUGAAACUAGACGAGGAAAUAAAGAACAGAAAGUUUGUUAUUCAUCGAGAACGGGAAAGGCAAAAAAAUUUGAUCAACGACACGCGAGAGGCGCUCGAGAAAUAUAAAGCAAGCAAGUGUGCUGUUUCAUCGUGGAAUUCACGGAAGCAGUCUCAAGUUGUCACUUCACCGGAAAUCGACGCGAUGCGAAAAAAGCUGGAGGAACAAAAAAGAAUGAGGUUACAGAAAAAAAUGAUGUCUAGUUCAAAAUAAAGAAUCUUUUAUCUAUAUAUGUAGCAGGUUCAGUUCCAAUAAAUUAUACAUUAUACUACGUGACUUGUCUAGAAAUUCUAUAGCAAUUGUGUAAUGCUAUGAUGAUGCGAAAUUGUUUCUCGGGUGGUGACAUUGUUUUGUAGCUGUUAUCUGUACCAUGAAGAUACAGCAAGUUGAUGAAAAAAUUUAAACACUAAUAAAUAAUAAUUCUUAAAAGAUAAAAAUUUAGAUAGUAAUCAAUAAUAAAUGCUGUUGGUGCAUUUGCAAAUUGAAAAUUGAAAAUUCAUCUUUAAUUAACGAAAGUAUUACGAAGAUGUCAGAAAAAAAAAAGAAGAGUAACGCAACUUUCUUGAAUGAUAUUUUGAUCAAUAGCAAGAAUUAUUGA